AUGCCUAAACGGUUACGGGAGCGAAAGCAAAGUAAGCAAACUGGUAUCAAGAAGCAAACUAGUAUCAAGAAGCAAACUAGUAUCAAGAAGCAAACUAGUAUCAAGAAGCAAACUAGUAUCAAGAAGCAAACUAGUAUCAAGAAGCAAACUAGUAUCAAGAAGCAAACUAGUAUCAAGAAGCAAACUAGUAUCAAGAAGCAAACUAGUAUCAAGAAGCAAACUAGUAUCAAGAAGCAAACUAGUAUCAAGAAGCAAACUGGUAUCAAGAAGCAAACUGGUAUCAAGAAGCAAACUGGUAUCAAGAAGCAAACUGGUAUCAAGACUAUAAACAAAUCAUAUACAAACUCAAGUCAUACAUCAUUAAGUUCCUUGCACAGUCGUAAGCCAGUUCAGCAUCCUGCCAUAAUCACCCCUUCAAAACAAUAA